AUGGACGAAAAGGACGCCAGCGCUCACGACCCGUAUCCAUCGGAUAAGGAGCAGACCCCAUCGUCGGACGAGGAGGAGCAAGAGCUUCACAAUCUGACACGAAUCGCCUCUACCAGAACUGGUCGAAGGAUUUCCCAAGCUGCUACGAUCAUUGAAAAGGAUGACCCCCGUUUGGAUCCCGCCAAUCCGGCGUUCGAUCAACGUCUCUGGGCAAAACUCGUCCUAACGGCCCUGAACCAGUCAGGCAUUGUACAGCAGACGCAGGGUGUCGUUUUUUCUAAUCUUUGCGUGUCUGGAUCAGGCUCAGCAUUACAGAUCCAGAAGACUAUUGCUACGCAGUUGGCAGCUCCCUUCCGCGCUGCCGCACAUGCGCUUUCAAGACGAGCGUCCCCUCCACCAAGGCAGAUUCUCCACAGCUUCGAUGGCUUCCUCCAAAGUGGAGAGCUCCUGCUCGUUCUCGGUCGCCCUGGAAGUGGAUGUACAACAUUCCUGAAAACCCUUUGUGGCCACCUGGGUGGUCUGACGCUCGAACCUCAGAGUACCAUUCAUUACCAAGGCAUCGAAUAUGAGGAUAUGAUCAAGCACCACCGUGGAGAGGUGGCUUACAACAAGGAAGUCGAUCAACACUUUCCACACCUUACCGUUGGUCAAACGCUUUCAUUCGCAGCGCAUGCGCGGACCCCCCAGAAACGAAUUGAAGGCUUGACACGCUCCGAAUAUGUUGAAACCCUCACUCAGGUUGUCUUGGCUGUGUUUGGCCUCUCACAUACCUAUCACACCAAGGUAGGGGACAAUUUUGUGCGAGGAGUUAGCGGUGGUGAGAGGAAGAGGGUCAGUAUCGCCGAGAUGUUCGUCUCAAGGUGUCGUAUCGGAGCUUGGGAUAACAGCACACGAGGGCUCGAUGCGUCGUCUGCUCUAAAAUUUGUCAGGGCAUUACGUCUUUCUGCCGACAUGGGUCGAUCGUGUCAUGCUAUCGCUGCAUAUCAAGCUUCUCAGUCGAUGUACGAUCUCGUCGACAAAGUCGUCGUCCUCUACGAAGGUCGCCAGAUCUACUUCGGUCGCCGCGAUCGUGCAGUACGUUACUUCGAGGAAAUGGGCUGGGAAUUACCAGAUCGCCAAGUCAGCGGCGACUUUCUGACUUCAGUUACCAACCCAGGCGAACGAAAGGCCCGUCCUGACAUGGUCGACAAAGUACCACGCACGGCGAAGGAGUUCGAGGAAUAUUGGAAGCGUAGCCCCGAGUAUCAGGAGCUCUGCGGUCAGAUAGAGGAGUAUCAACGCGCUCAUCCACCGGAUUCAGACGAGGCCAAAGCAUUCAAGGCCAAUCAUGAACAGCAGCAGGCCCGCCAUACUCGGCCACGCAGCCCAUAUCUCCUCUCUGUUCCGAUGCAAGUCCGCCUCUGCCUGCGCCGGGCUUUUCAGCGACUACGGAACGACCUACCGACCGUAAUCGUUACGGUAGUGACACAACCCAUUCUCGCAUUGGUGAUCGGUUCUAUUUUUUUCAAUUCUGCGCCCACCACUGCCACAUUUUUCCAGAAAGGGGCUGUGCUAUACUUCGCUGUGCUUUUCAAUGCCUUGAUCGCCCUCAAUGAGAUUAUUCAGCUAUAUAGCCAGCGGCCAAUUGCUGUGAAGCAAGCGGGUUAUGCGUUUGUGCAUCCUUUCGCUGAGGCCUUGGCCAGUUGGAUCAUGGAUCUGCCUAUCAAAUUCACACGGGGUACUCUCUUUUGUGUGAUUCUUUAUCUGAUGUCCAACCUUCGACGAGAACCAUCGCAGUUCUUCAUUUGCUACAUGUUUCUGUUGACUUCUGUCUUGACGAUGUCCGGGAUUUUCCGUAGCUUAGCUGCGGCUACAAGGACAAGCGCGCAGGCAAUGGCGAUGGCUGGUGUUUGUAUCUUAUGCAUUGUGGUAUACACUGGCUUCGUCUUGCCACAACCAUACAUGCACCCGUGGCUUUCAUGGAUCCGCUGGGUUAACCCGAUCUACUAUGUGUAUGAGGCCAUCUUAGCGAAUGAGUUCCAUGGCAGGAACUUUGAAUGUGCAUCGGUGAUCCCAAGCUAUGCUGUUGGCUCAUCCUUCAUCUGUUCAACCGUGGGUGCCGUUGCAGGAGAGCGGUUCGUCUCCGGGGACGCUUAUGUGGAGCAGAGUUACCAAUACUACUACAGCCAUGUUUGGCGGAAUUACGGUAUUCUCGUCGCCUACCUGGUAUUAUUCACCGGCCUCUAUUUGUUUCUUUCCGAGUACAAUUCGGGUGAGACAUCCAAAGCAGAAACCCUGGUUUUCCGGUCUGGUCAUGUUCCACAAUAUCUGCUAUCCUCCGAUGGGAUCGAAGAUGGAGAAGCGCCCCCAGACAAGCCCGAAGUGCGGGACCAAGUGGAUGCUAUUAACCUUCCUCGGCAAACAGAUAUCCUCUCGUGGAAGGGCCUCAAUUAUGAUAUACCCGUCAAAGAUGGUACCCGGCGACUUCUCGAUAACGUGAAUGGAUGGGUUAAGCCAGGCACUUUGACCGCGCUGAUGGGGGUUUCCGGGGCCGGAAAAACUACACUUUUGGAUGUCCUCGCCCAGAGGGUAUCUAUCGGCGUUGUUACCGGCGAUGUUUUAGUGAACGGAAGAGCUUUGAAGGCCAAUUUUCCACGAGAAACCGGGUAUGUUCAACAGCAGGAUCUUCAUAUGGAGACAACUACGGUACGCGAGGCCCUCCGCUUCAGUGCCAUGCUCCGUCAGCCCGCAUCAGUAUCUGAAAAGGAGAAGUACGAAUAUGUCGAAGAGGUCAUCAAGGUUCUACGCAUGCAAGACUUUGCGGAGGCUGUUGUGGGCUCUCUGGGAGAGGGCUUGAACGUGGAGCAGAGAAAGUUGCUGAGUAUUGGUGUUGAACUUGCUGCGAAACCGACAUUGUUAAUAUUCCUCGACGAGCCAACCAGCGGUCUAGACUCACAGAGUUCCUGGACAAUCUGCGCACUCCUGAGAAGGCUUGCCGAUCACGGCCAGGCAGUCCUUGCCACCAUCCACCAACCGAGUGCCCUGCUGUUCCAGACCUUCGAUCGCUUGUUGUUCCUAGCUAAAGGAGGCAAAACUGUCUACUUUGGUGAUAUUGGAGACCAAUCCCACGUACUUUUGGAAUACUUUGAGCGCUGUGGUGCUAGGCCCUGCGGGGACAUGGAAAAUCCGGCGGAGUACAUUCUUGAGAUCGUCGCGGGGGAAGCAUCGGAAGGCAUUGACUGGGUUCAGAGAUGGAACGAUAGCCCUGAGCGCAAGGAGGUCCUCGCAGAGCUCGAACGUCUUCAGGAUCCGCAACAACAGCCCGAGCCACGAGCCCGGGAUGGCGAUAGCAGUAAUAUGGAAUUUGCUAUGCCUUUCACCAGCCAACUCUACCACGUCAUGAAGCGUGCGUUUCAGCAAUACUACCGCCAACCGGAAUAUGUGUUUUCAAAGUACUCGUUGGGUAUAGCGUGUGGAUUGUUCAUCGGUUUCUCCUUUUAUAAAGCGAACAACACCGAACAGGGUUUCCAGUGUGCUCUCUUCAGUGUCUUCCUCCUAGCCACGGUUUUCACUACCCUCGUCAACCAGAUCACGCCCAGAUUCGUUGCGCAGCGGGCGCUAUAUGAAGUCCGGGAGCGGCCAUCCAGGGUCUACUCGUGGAAAGUAUUCAUUCUCUCAAACGUCUUCGUCGAAAUCCCCUACCACUUUGUUCUGGGAGUUUGUGUUUGGGCAUCGUUUUACUGGGCUGUGAUGGGCACGGGUCAAGAUGCCGAGCGACACGUCCUUGCCCUUCUCUACAUCGUCCAAUUCUAUCUGUAUGUGGCCAGUAUGGCUCACUUCGUGAUAGCCGCGAUCCCCCAGGCACCGGUUGCAGGCAUAUUGGCCGUUCUCAUGUUCGCAUUUGCGUUCAUCUUCAAUGGUAUGCUGCAACCACCCGGAGACCUACCCGGAUUCUGGAUUUUCAUGUACCGUGUCUCCCCUUUCACGUACUACACGGCCGGAGUCGGCAGUUCAAUCCUCCAUGGUCGCCCAGUGGAGUGCAGUACUUCCGAACUCAGUGUUUUCGACCCUCCAUCCAACUACACCUGUGGACAAUACAUGCAGAAGUAUGUCGAAGCCGCCGGAGGCCAGGUGUACAAUCCAAACGCCACCUCUGCCUGCGAGUACUGCUCCAUGACUAUAGCUGAUGAGUAUCUUGCUCUUCGCUGGGUCUACUGGAAAGACCGCUGGCGCGACUACGGAAUUUUCUGGUGCUAUUUCGUAUUCAACAUUGCCGGCGCCGUCAUGUUGUACUAUGUCUUCCGAGUGAAGAAGUGGGGAAAGGGGAAAUAA